AUGUCUCGUCAGUCUGUCUGCAGGAGCUUUGGAGUCGGUGGGAGAAAGGGAUUCAGCUCCUGCUCUGCUGUUGGUGGUGGAUUUGGAGGCGGCAGCCGGAGCAAGAUCAGCUACAGCUCGUACUCCUCAUCCCGGGGAGGAGGUGGAGGAGGACACUGUGGGGGGUUCAGUAGCCGGAGCCUCCACAGCAUGGGGGGCAGCAGAAGGAUUGCCAUGGGCGGAUGUUAUGGUGGUGGUGGAUACGGUGGCAGGAUGGGUGGCUUUGGUGGAGGAAUGAGCUGUGGAGGGAUGGGUGGUGGUGGAAUGGGUGUUGGAGGAAUGGGAAUGGGUGGCUUUGGUGGUGGAAUAGGUGGUGGAAUAGGUGGUGGGGCAGGAAUGGGUGGCUUUGGUGGUGGAAUGAGCAGUGGGGGAAUGGGUGGAAUGGGUGGCUUUGGUGGUCCAGGCGGAUUCGGAGGCAGCGGCAUGGGAGGCGGAUUCGGAGGCAGCGGCAUGGGAGGAGGAUUCGGAGGCGGCAGCUGUGGAAUGGGAGGAGGAUUCGGAGGUGGCCCCGGGUUCCCUGGAGGCAUCCAACCAGUGCAGGUGGACCCAACCCUCCUGCGGCCAGUCCACGUUGACAUUGACCCUCAGAUCCAGCAAGUGAAGUGCCAGGAGAAGGAGCAGAUCAAGACUCUGAACAACCAGUUUGCCUCCUUCAUUGACAAGGUCCGAUUCCUGGAGCAGCAGAACAAGGUGCUCUCCACCAAGUGGGAGCUGCUCCAGCAGCAAGGACCAACAGGGCCGAGGAAGAACCUGGAUGUGAUCUUUGAGAAUUACAUCCAGAACCUGCGGAGGAGACUGGAGUCUCUGGUGGGGCAGCGAGGCCAGCUGGAAUCGGAGCUGCAGAACAUGAGGCAGUAUGUGGAGGAGUUCAAAACCAAGUAUGAGGAGGAGAUCAACCGUCGCACGGCUGCUGAGAACGAGUUUGUGGUGCUGAAGAAGGAUGUGGACUGUGCCUACAUGACCAAAGUCGAGCUGGAAGCCAGGGUGGGAGCUCUGACAGACGAAAUCAACUUCCUGAGGUGCAUCUACGAGGAGGAGCUGUCUCAGAUGCAGACGAUCAGCCGGGACCUGUCCGUGGUGGUGUCCAUGGACAACAACCGGCACCUGGACCUGGACAGCAUCAUUGAGGAGGUUCGGCGCCAGUACGAGCAGAUCGCUCAGAACAGCCGGGCUGAGGCUGAGGCCUGGUACCAGAGCCGGUAUGAAGAGCUCCAGAGCACGGCUGGCCGGCAUGGGGACAGCCUCCGCAACACCAAGAUUGAGAUCCAGGAGUUGUCCAGGAAUGUCCAGAGGCUGCGGGCUGAGAUUGAGAAUGUGAAGAAGCAGAACCAGCAGCUGCAGGCAGCCAUUGCUGAGGCCGAGGAGAGGGGGGAGAUGGCCGUCAAGGAUGCCAGGAGGAAGCUGGAAGAGCUGGAAUGUGCCCUGAGCAAGGACAAGGAGGAACUGGCUCGCUUGCUGAAGGAGUACCAGGAGCUGCUGAACAUCAAGAUUGCACUGGAUGUUGAGAUUGCCAUGUACAGGAAGCUGCUGGAGGGGGAGGAGAACAGGUGA